GCCGCCGCCACCGCCGCUGCAGCAUCACAGCGUCUCCAUCAUUUCUGCGGGAAGGACGCACACGCAGCAGUAUGACUUUCACCUCAGUGUUGGCUGUGUUGGCCCUUGUGGUUACCACUGAAGGAAGUGUUGGCCCGAGCACCAACGGCAGCUUUUGCACAGAGUCAAAGGAAUGUCUGCAGUUUGAGCUGGUCUGCAAAACAGAUGAAUAUGAAGUGCGACACUACACCCCCACACGCUGGGUGUCCACAGAUGCCGAGGCCUACUUCAUGGGUGUGGGUGCUGCCAUGGCCUUCAGGAGACUUUUUCAGUACAUCACAGGUGCCAAUGAAGCAGGUAUCCAAAUGGAGAUGACCGCGCCCGUGCUGGUUAAAAUCCCAGAGGAGACCAAAAUGUGGGAGCCAGCCGUCUACACGCUCAACUUCCCGCUGCCGCAAGCCUAUCAAGACAAGCCACCUGCGCCCACCAAUGACAAGUUGUAUUUCACCGAGAUGCCCGAGAUGGACGUGUACGUGCGCAGUUACGGGGGUUGGAUGCUGUCGGUGACGUCCAGGCUUCACGCCCACCUGCUGACUAAAGAGCUGGAGAGAGUGCGAGCGGCCUACAACCGCACCUACCACUACGGUGUCGGCUACGACAGUCCCUUAAAGCUUCUCGACAGGCACAACGAGGUGUGGUACGUGUCCGAGGGGCCGCCGGUGUGCUCGGAUCCACAGGAGCCCACCCGUGCUCACGCCGCCAGGACGCCACAUGGCCCUCCUACCGACCUCCCACUGGACCCCCUCGCAGACUCGCUCUCUGACUCGGCCGCCCUCUCGACCGCCAACCUGACAUCUUCCAACACCUCAGACGUGCCCACCGACGCACCCUCAGGCACGCCCACCGCCGCGCCCCCCGGCCCUUCUUCCUCCCGUCUCUGGGCCGACCUGAGCCCCACCCCCGGCUCGGUUCAGGUCCUGACGGACGUGCCGCCCGACGCCGCCGGGUCCGCCUCUGUGGCCCCCUCGCCGGAACCCCAGGGGGACGCCGCCCCGUGGAACAGCACGGAGCGCGUUUUGGCCGACCCCCAACAAGAUGGCGUUUAAGUGCAAACGUGUCGCUGUGUUACGACGUCCGCUUCGUUAGCUCCUUGUGCUUCACUAGACACUCACCUGUGCAUCGUAGAAUGACAGCAAAUGUUGCUAUUAGCUGCUGAGUUGUGUUGAAGCCAAUGCUAAAAACGGGAAUCGGCGUUGUAUAACAACAUUUUAAUGAAGCAUGGCACAUACAAGUAUUUUACAUGAGAAAAAUCUCAAAAAUGUCACAAAACGUAUAUGCAGUGUUCCCACACAUAUUUGAGAUUUGCUACUCGUGGAUUCACCGAUUCGCAAAUUCUGUUUGGGAAGCUAUCAUCCAUCAUUUGCUGAAAAACUUACCGAGUUGCUAUUUUCGUGCUUAGGCCAAAGCUGUAGCAUAAAAGUACUGCUUUGGCGCCAUAUUGUGGCAUCUUGGAACUAUUUUAAGUAGAAAAGCUUCAUGUAGUGCUUUGCCGCCAGCUUGUGUCUUUUUGAGAGGAUGUCAGUUCUCGUGGAUUUUCGUUAUUCGUGUCAGGGUUUGGGGCCUCAGAACACGAUACGGUAAUCUCUCGCUAUUUGCAAACCCCCCCCCCCCCCCCCCCCCCCUCAUUUUUUAUAAUUGACUAUACUAAUAGUUUCAACCAUAAAUAUGCCACAAACUAUCAUCCCAAAACACCAAGUCACAUUUCAAACUAAUCUUACAACAUUACCCUUAAAAAUAAACAGCUUUCCCAUGAUUUGAUUUCAAUGGAGCAAAAACCCGGUGAAUACAUUUCCGCUAACAACCCGGGCUACAUUUAGCUCUUCCCCUACAUACAAAAAAUCUCCUGAACCAUCUUGACACCAAUUACUACUUUCUCAUUAUCCUGAGCUUUGGCGACCAUCUUAUGAUAUCUGAGGGCGUUACACAAUGAAUACAAAAAUACAUCCGAAAGCUGCAAUAGGGAAUUUUUCAGCAAAUAACGGAGCGUAGGCUUAAAAAAAAAAAAUAUAUAUAUAUAUAUAUAUAUAUAUAACUAAAUAAAAUAAAAUUAAAAACACUCCCCAGAUUACUUGGUGUGAAAUGUCGGCCUGUUGAGUUGCACACAAAAGCUUUGAACAGUUAAUUGUACUUUCUCCAAUCCAGUGGACGAGCAUUCGUUUUGCUCUGCACGUCACUAUAUGUCGCUGGCUAAGAAAGACGCACAGCUACGUAUUUGUAGUAAAGAAAUUAUUUUUGGCGCCCAAUAAAGUCAAAUCAUUUCCCACGGCACUGCGGUUGCGAAUCACUGGUAUUAUCGACCUUCAAGGUUCUUUUUGAUUCUACGCACUACAUAAUCACCUCGCCGUUCAGUUUAAAGCAUGCGGGCGCUUGAAUAAAUUCCACCCAAAAAACAAAAAACCAAAAAAACACAAAAAAAAAAAAGUGUCCGAGGGACGUUUAUUUACUCAACCACAGAAGGGGGAUGGCAUUGAAUUGUGUGAACACAUUUUUGGAAUAAAAUUACUGUUACAUUACAAUUAGAAUCAAACUUAGGACCAUCUAUAUUACUGCAAAUGAAACCCGCCUGUAGCAUACGGUACUUCAACUUGUAAUUCGAAGUGCCUGUUAAAAAAAAAAAAAAAAAAAAAAGGUUCAUACUCGC